UGUUAGAACACCCUAACUAUAGUGAAACAACAGGAACUUUCACUGUCAAUGCGCUACGCUGAAACAUGGCAGAGGUGUGUUGUGAAGUCUUUAAUAUGACAUUUCUAACACAGUACAAUAGUCCCGGUGUAAUAGCAUCUAUCUACGUCGUGUAUACCGCAUUUGGAAUCGUUGGAACCUUUCUGAAUUUCCUUAUCAUAUACACUAUAUGGAAGAUUCCUUCAUUACAUAAGCCUUCCUAUGUGUUACUGGCUAGUCUUGCUCUUAGUGAUUUGGUGGCUGGGCUUGUUGUGGACCCGUUAUACGCUGUAACCAAUGUGACUGCAUUGGAAAGGAGAUUUAGAGUSUUUUGCGAGACAUACAUUGCGGGUCGAUUGAUAGGUUAUUGUCUUGGAGCGGUAUCGCUUUUUAGUCUUACAGUUAUUAGCAUCGAUCGACUUCUUGCUAUCAAGUUGAAAAAGAAAUAUCGAACAGCGGUGACCUUAAAGARGGUUACAAUAAUUCUUAUUCUUGGAUGGGUUGCAUCAAGUMUYUCAUUYCUUGUGAUUGCUGUCAAACUUUCUUCUAUUUCUCUUCGGAUGCUAAUAAUAAUAGCACUAAUUGCCAUUUUCAUGAUGYUGGCACCUAUCACCGUGGCGUACACAAUGGCAUUUUAUUUCCUAAACCACCUCACUAAAGUAUCACCAAGCAAUGUACCAAAUAUUAGACAAGAACAGACUAGCACKUUCAAUGCAUCCAAAUAUCGAAGAUCACUGAAAACAAUGGUAAUUGUCUUCUUGACGAUAAUUGUAUGUUAUUCGAGUAUAUUCUGGUGCUCCUUGGCGGCCUUAUUACUACUGAGAAAAUACCCUAACAAUUCAAUAGUUUACAAAAAUAUUUAUAUUAUAUUGACAACUGGUGAAACUAUUGUACUCUUCAACUCGACAAUAAAUCCUUUAAUUUAUCUUUGGCGAAUGAAAGACCUUUAUGACGGAGUGAAGAAAGUUAUUAAGGGGUUAUAUAGAUGUACUGGGCCAGGACUUGUCAAAGAAAUUCAACUUGCCGAAACAAAAAGGCCAUCAGAAAAUACAUUUUCAAAUACUUGACUGAAUUAUUUGUUGAAGAAGCUGGGAAGAAUUCAGGAAAAUAAUGUCUUCCAUAAAAAAUUAAUAAAGAUAAACGAAUUUGAAAACCAAGAAGUUGCGAAAUAAGCAAUAACUUUAACAUAUUCAUGAAACUGUAAUCGCGAACUCAUUCAGCAGGCAAUGGUSGUUGUGUAGGCGAACAGUGGGGUACAUUCAUAUCAGUGAUGWCGAACUCCGGGAGAUUUGUAAUAACUACCUUAGUGUGAUCUGAAAAUAAUGGRAAAACGAUUCUCCAGGUAAUUUAAAAAUAUCAAACACUGCAGAUGUGAAUUCUUAAAAAAAUGAUGAGAGCUUAAUUUCCAUAUUAUGUAUUUUCACAAGAACAAGCGUGAAGUAAAGCAUGAAAUCACAAAUAGGUGUAGCUACGAUAUCAAAAAAAGAUAUUGGAGAGAACUUAUUUAGUCAAAAACGUGGACAAAUAAUGCUUACAUUAUCAUAUCUGAUCAAAGACCGCGGAUUUAACAUGUACAAAAUGGUCCAUAUACAGCAAU